UGACGUCCAAACAAGGCACCUUCCAUCCGUCCACCCGCUAUCUAGCGCGCAGAUGCGGUGGCAACUGUGUGAAACCACGACCGCAUCAGAAUCCACCCGAAAACCCACCGCGCUUGCAAGUAUCGAAGGAUGUCUCUGCCUGCCGUUGCCACCGCUCUCGCCCUCGUCGUCGCGAAUUGUUGCACGCCAGGCCAUCCCGGCGCGGCGGAGGCGGCGGACACCGUCUCGGGGCAGCGGCCGCUGCGGGGCAACGACACGGUGGUCUCAACGCAGGGCAAGUUUGAGUUGGGCCUCUUCAGCCCCGGCAGCUCCGGCCGGUACUACCUCGGCAUCUGGUACAAGAACGUCCCCGUGCAGACCGUCAUCUGGGUCGGCAACCGUGGAAAUCCCCUGUCUAGUGUUGCCUCGGCUGAGCUCCGGGUGUCCUCCGGCAGCGGCAACCUCGAGCUCGUCGGGCUCAACAAAUCCUCUUCCACGCCGCGCGUCGUGUGGUCGACCAACCAGUCGUCCUCGUCGGCGUCGGCGUCGCCGUGGUCGAACGUCGCGGUGAUGCGCGACAACGGCAACCUGGUCCUCCUCGGCGGGGGCAACUCCUCCAACGUGCUGUGGCAGAGCUUCGACCACCCGACCGACACGCUGGUGCCGGAGGGGUGGCUCGGGGAGAACAAGCUCACCGGUGAGUACCAGACGCUGACGUCGUGGCGCAACGCCGAGGACCCCGCACCAGGGAGGUUCACGGACACGGUAGACCGCAACGGCAGCAGCGACUUCUUCCUCCUCUGGAACGGCUCCCGCGUGUACUGGCGCAGCGGCGUCUGGACAGGGCGCGUCUUCGCCAACCUACCGGAGGCAGUAAACAACGUGCUCUUCAACCAGACGUACGUUGAGACGCCGGCGUACCGGCGCGUCACCAGCGUGCUCUACAACAACUCGACGAUCACGCGCACGGUGCUCGACCUCACGGGCCAGACGAAGCAGUACAUCUGGGUCACCGAAAGCCAGAGCUGGCAGUUCUUCUGGGCCGCGCCCACCGUGCAGUGCGACGUCUACGCGCUCUGCGGCGCGUUCGGCAUCUGCAACCCGAGGAGCCAGCCGCCGUGUCAGUGUCCGCCCGGGUUCGCGCCCGCGGCGGAGCGGGACUGGGGCCUCAGCGACUGGAGCGGCGGGUGCCAGCGGACCGCACCGCUGGGGUGCGGAGGCAACGGCUCAGCAGAGGACGGAUUCCUGGAGCUUCCGAACAUGAAGCACCCGGACGAGUCUGUAGCUGGGAGCGCCCAAAGCAGAUUAGGGUGUGAGUUGGCUUGCUUAAAGAACUGUUCCUGCCAGGCUUACGCAUUCUCCGCCGGUGGUAGCUGCGCCAUCUGGAACGACGACGGCUUCCUCAACCUCGAGCAGCUGUAUGCGGAUGCCAGAGGUUCGUCGUCGAUCCUGUACCUCCGGUUGUCAAAAUCCGAAUUGCAACAUUUGCGCGGUGCCAAGGGGAAGAACAGGCGCGUGCUGCGGCUCGUCCUUGGCGUCGUUUCAGCUUGUCUUGCAGCGCUGGGUGCAUCGGCACUAGUAGCGUGGAUGCUACUAUCCAGGAGGAAACGCCGACUCGAGAAAAUCGCAAAUCAGGACUCCUCCCUGCAUGUUUACAGCUACAGCGAGCUCCGCACCGCUACCAACAACUUCUCCGAGCGGCUGGGCGGCGGAGGCUUCGGCACGGUGUACCGCGGCGUCGUGAACGGGCACACCCAAACCCAAGUGGCUGUCAAGAAACUAGAGGGCCUUCGGCAGGGCGACAAGCAGUUCCGGACGGAGGUGAACACUCUGGGGCUCAUCCAGCACGUCAACCUCGUCCGGCUCGUCGGAUUCUGCUCCUCCGGCGGCGGCGAGAAGAUGCUUGUCUACGAGUACAUGCCCAAUGGCUCCCUCGACUCCUACCUCUUCAGGUGCAGCUUGUGCCCGAGCUGGCACGACCGCUACGGCAUCAUGCUCGGCAUCGCCAGGGGUCUGUCCUACCUGCACGAGGGCUGCCGCGAGCGCAUCAUACACUGCGACAUCAAGCCGGAGAACAUACUGCUGGACAAGGACUUGUGCCCGAAGAUCGCCGACUUCGGGAUGGCGAAGCUGGUGGGGAGGGACUUCAGCCGGGUCUUGACGACGAUGCGGGGCACCAUUGGGUACCUCGCCCCCGAGUGGAUCUCCGGGCUGCCCAUCAGCGCCAAGGCGGACGUGUACAGCUUCGGGAUGGUGCUCUUCGAGCUCAUCUCGGGGCGGCGCAACGCCGAGAGCUACGGCGAUGGCGAUGGCACGGAGGCAGGGGCAGCAGGGCAACGCCCGUCCACGUUCUUUCCGGUCUGGGCCGCAGCGCGGGUGCUGGAAGGGGACACGGCCGCCGUGGCGGACCCACGGCUGCGCGGCGACCUCGUCGAGGGGGAGCUAGAGCGCGCCUGCCGGAUAGCGUGCUGGUGCAUCCAGGACCAGGAGGAGCACCGGCCAACCAUGGCGCAGGUCGUGCAGGCGCUGGAGGGCUUCGUCGACGUCUGCGUGCCGCCGGUGCCCCGUGCACUCCAGCACCUCGCGACACUGACAUGAAACGCCGUCGCGAGGCAAAUGUAUUCACUGCUGUACACAGCUGAAGCUGACAAAUUAAAUAGUGCCGCUCAAUAUACUACUGCACAUUUUCUGGCCGGCCUGAUGGUCCUGUCAAAUCUCAAAUGGGUAUUGGCAGUUGUCAGUUAUCACUACUACUACUAUUUCCUUGUUUGUUUUCUAUUCUUUGAUA